GGCGCACCGAGGCCGCCCCGGCCGAGCGAGCGCAGCGACCAUGAUCGCUUUGUUCAACAAGCUGCUGGACUGGUUCAAGGCCCUGUUCUGGAAGGAGGAGAUGGAGCUCACGCUGGUCGGGCUGCAGUACUCGGGCAAGACCACCUUCGUCAACGUGAUCGCGUCAGGGCAGUUCAACGAGGACAUGAUCCCCACGGUGGGGUUCAACAUGCGGAAGAUCACCAAGGGGAACGUGACCAUCAAGCUCUGGGACAUCGGGGGACAGCCCCGCUUCCGCAGCAUGUGGGAGCGCUACUGCCGAGGAGUGAGCGCCAUCGUGUACAUGGUGGACGCCGCUGACCAGGAGAAGAUCGAGGCCUCCAAGAAUGAGCUGCACAACCUGCUAGACAAGCCCCAGCUGCAGGGGAUCCCGGUCUUAGUCCUGGGGAACAAGCGAGACCUCCCGGGAGCACUGGAUGAGAAGGAGCUGAUUGAGAAAAUGAAUCUGUCCGCCAUCCAGGACCGAGAGAUCUGCUGCUACUCCAUCUCCUGCAAAGAGAAAGACAACAUUGACAUCACCCUACAGUGGCUUAUUCAACACUCAAAGUCACGGAGAAGCUGAGACUUCGGCCCUCCCCCUCGGACCAGGGGUCCACCAUCCAAACCUGAAGCCGAGCUCCCCACCCACCCCACCGUCCCCCCUAAGCCCACCCUCGUCACUGGUGUGGGGAGGGGCCCUCUGGGGAUCCCAGAGUCCUGUUCUGCUGAGGUUUGAACUCCGGUUUUUAUUGUAAAAUAAGUCACUCCCUCUGGACCCCUAA